AUGCCGAACAAUACGAACAAUCCUCGUGCAAACAAUCCUCGUGCAAACAAUCCUCCUCCAAACAAUCAAAACAGACAUGUGUAUCCUCCUACGUUAACACCUAAUCAAAUAAAAGCAGUAGGACAAAAAAGAGAUGAAAAUGAAAAUGCUGAUGAUAGUGAUAAAGUCAAUUUAUUGGAUUCAAUUGCUGAUCGAUUUGCUAAAAAAACAGCUAAAUCAAAAAAAGAACACGGUGGUAGUGACAGAAGCAAUUGGAAUAUAUUAAAAAAUGCUGGUUAUAAAAAUAAUAUUGUCUAUCUUGAUGAAAAAAUGGACAAUUAUUAA